AUGCUAUUAAUCUGACUAGAAUACUUAUCUUGGUCCUUUUGGUGAUGGUGGCGGAUUCUUGGAACCAAUCAAACAUUUGGAUAUUAUUUUGUAUCACUGCUAUCCUCCAGGUUGCAUAUAUCUGCCAAGGAGUUAGAUGGACAAAGUUUGGUUGCCGCUCUCAUAAAGUUGUUUAUAUCUCCAAUGAGAUUUUCUUCUUCUCCUAUAUUGUGCUCUUUGGCUUUUCAAACGUAUUUCAAACUUGGAAUGAUUGUAAUAUACUUGAAUAAACUAUAGGGAUAAUCACACUGGUGGCAUUACUUCUUUUGGGCUGGAACUUGG